CUUCGAUAUAAAUAAAUCCGUCGGCCAGAGUCGAUUUGGGAUAAUCGAAUCAAUGAUCUUGUCCAAGCUCGUAAAAAUAACGAUGCCGAGAUAAGCGCCGCGGACGAGGAAGUCGCGCUCCGUCGCGAGAUUGAGAUUGUCGGAUAAAAAGUUGAGGAUCGAUGUGGGGAAUCGUUGGUCAUAACGGUCCGUCCGGUCCGUUCGGCCGCUCGUUAAACCGAGGGAAACGAGCGUGAGACGAGCACUGGCGGCGGCCAGGAUCGAUUGUCGUUGAGGCGCUAAUUUAGCGGUGUCCGAGGCUGGAUCCGAGGCGUUAUAACGAUGUGAUCGUUACCGUGACGACUUGCGUUCCAGAUAAGCCAGCACGUCGCCAGGAGGAUGCUGAACUGAGGAGCGCCAAGGGAUGGCCGCGCGCACGCCCGUUAUCCUGGGCAUCUGGGGGGUGUUUGUCCUCGCGCUGAUCCAAGAGUCGAAACCCGUGAGCUGGGAGGAGUGGUGGACGUACGACGGUAUCUCGGGGCCGGCCUUCUGGGGCCUCAUCAACCCCGAGUGGUCGCUCUGUAACAAGGGCCGCAGGCAGUCCCCGGUGAAUCUCGAGCCUCACCGGCUCCUCUUCGACCCGAACCUCGAGGCCCUGCACCUCGACAAGCACAAGGUCGGCGGCAUCCUCAGCAACACCGGCCACAGCGUCGUAUUCACCAUCGACAACGACACCAAGGAGCUCUUCAACAUAUCCGGGGGGCCGCUGAGCUACCGCUACCAGCUCCACGAGAUCCACCUGCACUACGGCCUCGACGACAACCUCGGGAGCGAGCACACCGUAGACGGUUACAGCUUCCCCGCCGAGAUCCAGAUAUUCGGUUUCAACUCAUACUUAUACAACAACUUCUCGGACGCCCUUCACCGCGCCCAGGGUAUCGUCGCCGUCUCCCUCCUACUCCAGGUAGGCAGUCUCUCGAACCCCGAACUAAGGCUCUUCACCGAGCACCUGGACAAAAUCACAUACGGAGGUCAGGCCAUGGAGAUCAAACGCAUUGGCGUCCGCGAAUUGCUGCCGAACACUAUGCACUACAUGACCUACGACGGCUCGACGACGAUGCCAGCCUGUCACGAGACCACCACGUGGAUCAUUCUCAAUAAGCCCAUAUAUAUAACCAAGCAGCAGCUGCGCAGCCUUAGGGAGCUGAAGCAGGGCGAUAAACGACACCCCAAGGCUCCCCUCGGUAACAACUUCCGGCCCCCGCAGCCGCUCCAUCAUCGCCCGGUCAGGACGAACAUCGACUUCAACCUUAAGCAGGGCCCGAAAAACUGUCCCACUAUGAACAGAGAUAUUUACUACAAAGCAAAUAGUUGGAAAUAGAGGCUCGAAGGAAGAAACCUGAAGAAUGCUUUGAGCGAGAAAUUCGUUGUGCUCCCCGUCCGCUCGCAACCUCGACAAUGAUAUCGAGACAAAAGCGAGAGAGGGAGAGAGGCAGCGAGACUAGUGGAUAUAAAAAGUAUGAUUAAGAGUGAACUCGGCGUAGCGCAAGAACAAAGGGCAAAUUAAACAGAAAACCAACAAA